GUUUCAGAUUUACUUUGAGAACACCUCGAAGAGCAAGCGUCUCGGUGCCAACACAAAGUUCCUGUACGAGGUGUUUGUGAGCGACGUGGACUGCGUGGCGGAGAGCGCUGUUGCGCGCCGUGCAGGAGCCCGCGCCGCGUGCCGCCCGCAGCGCCGCCGCAUUCCUUCGAGUCGCCCGCCUGCCGCUGCUGGACGCUCGUGACCCAUCCAGCGGGGACGCCCCGCUGCACGUCGCCGCCCGCCGAGGACAUGUCGAAAUUGCCGAGUGCCUCCUGCAAAAUGGGGCCGACGUCGAUGCGCGGAACAAGACCCGGGGCACGGCCUUCUCCCUGGCGGUGGAGGCCUCCCACCGCACCCUCGCACAGCUGCUGAUCGAGUGGGGCUGUGCUGCGGGUGCCGAGGGAGGGAGGGUCCCUUCUUCACUCGACGGCGGACGCACGAGACAGCUUCGGAAACAAAUGCUGGAGUAUGGAGAAUUUUGGAGACAAGCUGUGUCAUCAAUUAUGAAUGGAGAUACUGCUGAGCUGAGAGCCAUAGUUGGAGACCACAUCAGUGGCAAGCGACAGCUGACGAGCCUGAGUUGCAGGUGCAUCAAUGGGAGCAGCCUGCUGCACACAGCCGCUCACUUUGGGGACACGGAGACCAUCCAGGAUCUGCUCGGAUGGGGUGUGGAUGUCAACCUGCUGGAUUACAGGGAUGCCACGCCUCUGCAUCGCGCUCGGCACGGCCCAGCUACUCAGCUGCUGCUGGAGCACGGUGGGGCCGUGAACGAGCUGGAUGCGGACGGAAACUCGGCGAUGCACAUGCGCUGCUAUGGGGAGCCGGGGCAGCCCAGCGCGCUGGACGCCGCUCGCCUCCUGCUGGAGAGUGGAGCAUCGCUGCUGCAGCCCAACAACCGUGGCCUGCUCCCCUGGCAUUGUGCCGCCAUGCAGGGCCGGUGCGACAUGCUGGCGCUGCUGCUGGCCGCGUGGCCGGGGGCUCGCGAGAACCUCGUCCGAGAGGGGGCCUCGUCUGCGUCACCCAGCCCGGCCUACCUGGCCACGGCGUGCGGAUUCUUGACUUGUGCUCGCUGGCUCUUCUCACAAGGCUUCCCGUUCAAGGAGAGCGAGGCAGACAAGCUGCUCCUGGGCAUCCUGCACAAGGAGAUUGAGCUAGAUGAUCCGAGAGAGACGGUGGAGUUUCUGUUGAACAACGGUGCAAGUGUCAACGCUGAGACUCCACAAGGCGACAGUCCACUGCACCUGGCGGCACCGGAGUGCCCGGAGCUGGUGGAGCUGCUGAUGGAGCAUGGGGCCACCGUGGAUGGCGUGGACGCGAGCGGCCAGAGCCCCCUGUUCCAGGCCACGCGCACCGGCAGCAUGGCAGCCGCCGCCCUCCUGCUGAGCCACGGAGCUGACGUGAAGAUGCGAGACAGCCAAGGCCUGACUGCAUUUGACUACAUCCACGACCAUGCUGAGUGGAUUGAGAGCCGUCUCUUCACAGACGAGACUGUUACUUGGCUCAAAGCAUAUGAGCUGAAACAAGGCAGAGAUCUCAUCAAAAGCAUAACCAGAAAAUUACAAGUACGAAAGCGAAGUGUGCAGAGCAGUGGCGUCCUUCACAGCCAACUGUCGAAGACCUUUGGAGACUCAGUGUCCUCCUGGAUCAAGUCAAUGCCACCGCUGUGCUUCGGGUCUGGUCUCCAGGCCGUGCUGGCCGAGGAAGUUCCACGCAACCUUUCGUUGCGCCCAGAGCAAGCGGCAAAACGCAGCCUCGGCCAUCACAUCGACAAUACUGCUGUUGCUGUACAGCCAACCGCGAACUUGAUGAUGCACUGCAGCAGAGAGGCCACUUUAAGAUUAAAUCCUCAGAGCAAAUUUUCUCAUCUGCACCGCCAGAAAGACCUUCAAUCUGAACUGCAAAGCGACGGAAAUGUGGGCCGUGAACCCAGGAAGCACGGCAUCCUCGCAGGCCAGUGUUCUCAUUACCUCUGUGGCAGUGUUGCACCUGCGGGGUCAGGAGGUCGUACCGUCCAGGAGAUUCUGACAACCGCCUUGGCAGAACUAAAUGGGGGCGAUGUUGUCGCGACACCCAGGCCCACGAUUGCCCUGCCUUACACAGAGCUCCCCGGAAUGCUGCCUCGUGAGCCAAUUUGCCAAAGAAAACAAAACCUGCAUUGCUGAAUGCGCAAAUGAGGCCCUUGCAGCCUGGCUUUAUGUCCCACAUUAGCAUUUGAUGCUAUGACAUGAGACUUGUUUACACCACAAGGCUGCCACAUUAAACACACAUUUGUAUUUUACAAUAGAUUACUUGAAUAAAUGGUUCAUUAAGUUAACAAGCAAAUGAAUAGCAAUAGGAAUGCAAUAUCAUGAGUAAAUGAAAAACUAUGUAUGUCAGGAAAUAGAUAAAACAAUUAAAAUAAACAGGCCAAGGCAGAGCCAAUGCUGGCUGUGUUAAUGAUGCUGGCAUCAGUUCUUAAUAUCUGCAUUUACUUUAAUUUUCAAGGAAGUGAAUAUGCAAUAUGUAUCUGUAAUUGAAGAUGACAAUAUAGUUGUGUGUGCUGAUGAUGAACCGGCUGCAUUAAUGUAGGUCAAUGCUCAUGCCUAUUGAUUGUGCAUGUCUCGUAUACAUCUUUGUACCCUAUAGUGAGCAUUUAAAAAAAAUCCACACAUUCUUUCCCCUGAAACCUGUGAAAUGAGGCACCGGGGCUGUGUUUGAGAAUUUUAAUGACUGUUUAAAACGUAGGCUUUCGAAUUGUAAAUGUUGUGGGUUUACUCUCCAACACACCGGUGUGCUGAACUAGUAAUGAAUUGCAUGUUCUGUUUACGUGACAACCCUUACUAAUUGGCUGUGUCGGGUGGUUCCGGGUUUAACGACACCAAAAAAACUAUUAUUGAUUAUUUUAAUGACUACAGUCUUAAAAAUUUCAUUGGAGGUCAUCACAAUUAAUGGAUUUUUUUAUUUUAAAAAAUCUGAGAUAUAAUUGACGUGUGAACGACAUGACAUUUCACCCGGAUAGAUUUGGGUAUUUUUAAAAAUAAAAUACACCGUAAAGAAAUGCAUCCAUAUGUGGACCUCAAAAUAACACGUAAAAAAAAUUGUUUAAACAGUUCACUAUAUACGUUUUUCUUUUAAGUUAACGCAGAUAUUAUUGCUUAGUCUAUUAUGCAUGUCCAAUGGAAUGUAAAAUGAUCUGCGUUGAACGUGUUUAUUUUUGUCAAAGAUUGUUUUCAUCUCAAUCCUAUGAUUCAGUAUAACCGAGGCAAAUUAAUAAAACGAUUAUGCAAACAGCAGUGUGCAAUCAUUUUCCUAGGAACAUCUAAAUGCGUAUAUCCAGCACAGAUAGGAGUUAAGAACAUCAAGUAAUAUAGCAGUUUCAAAGGGUCAGGGCACUUUGGCAACAUUCAAAUUUACUCCCGUGGUGUCAGCUGGAGUGGUUUUCUAAAGCGUGAUAUCUCACGCAAGGAGCAAUGCCUUAAAGACUGUGCAAAAAAACUCAUCUGCAUUCACCGUGCUUUAUGCAUGUAUGUUGAACUUCUUUCGUGCCGCACGGACCGUACCGUGCUAAUCGGAUGUGCGUGAUGAGUCUUUCUAAGGCCUCGUCUUUCCUCUCCCAGGCUCUGUGUCUCGAGUUCUUUGCAAAAUGCCUCCGGCCUCCGUUUGCUCAUCAGCACUGCGUGUGCGUGUGUGCCCACACCGUGUGUGAAUCGAGAUGGGUUUACAGUCGGGUGUGAGAGAUUACAGAAAAGCUCUAUUCCUGAGAUAAGGCAGUGCAUUGGACUUCGCCGGUUGCAGUUGUGCUGCUAAGCCCCGGCUUUUGUUAGAUAAUGCGUCUGGCAGCAUCUAAAUUUGGAUGAAAGCUGUCUUUCCAUUAAACUAUGACUGUGUGCGGCAAUUUUCAGGAAACUGGUAAAAGAGUUACGCUGACAGACGAGAAGUAUAUUUGCACAUCGUUUACAUAUUUUACAGAUAUAUAGGGAGCUGAAUAACCUGUCGCGCUGGCUGUCCACCCAUGGCAGAUCACCUUGAAGGUCAGUUUACAGACCUACAGUGCCUCAAACGAUCAGGGUCCAAGUGAUUUGCAAGACCUUUGCCCCUGCUGCUGCUGCUGCCUCCGCUCCG